AUGGCUUCCAUUCUUUCACCAGAAGACCGACUAGCCGAACUAAAAGCUUUCGACGAAACGAAAGCUGGUGUGAAAGGCCUGGUGGAUGCAGGAAUCCGAGAAAUCCCUCGGAUCUUUAUCCAUCCACCAGAAACCUUUCACAACAACUCCUUCAGCUGUUUGGAAAUAGUUCCAACGAUAGAUUUAAGUUCUACCAACAGAUCAUCAACAGUUGAGAAGAUCCGUACAGCUUCAGAAGACGUAGGAAUAUUUUAUGUAACGAAUCAUGGGAUACCGAUGAAUGUGAUGGACGAAAUGCUUAAUGGUGUCCGUAGGUUCCAUGAGCAAGAUGCGGAGGUGAAGAAAAAGUUCUACUCAAGAGAUGAGUCUAAAGCGCUGAUGUAUGAUAGCAAUUUUGAUCUGUUUUUCUCCCCUGCUGCGGGUUGGAGAGACAGUAUUGCUUCGAUUAUGGCUCCUACCCCUCCGCCCUAUGAAGAAUUGCCAGAGGUUUGUAGGGACAUACUAAUCGAGUACUCGAAUGACGUGAAGAAACUAGGCGUGGUAUUAUUUCGAUUGGUCUCCGAGGCCUUAGGGCUGGACCCUGAUUAUCUAGGAAAUAUUGACUGUGACAAGGGCUUUCGGUUCCUUGGCCAUUAUUAUCCGGCUUGUCCACAACCAGAUCUAACCGUUGGUACGCCUAAACAUACAGAUGCUAGUUUUCUGACUGUGCUUCUACAGGAUGAAAUUGGAGGGCUCCAAAUACUUCAUCAAGAUCAAUGGGUUGAUGUUCCUCCGGUUCCUGGUUCGCUUGUAGUCAACGUUGGAGAUUUAUUACAGUUGAUAUCAAAUGAUAAACUGAAGAGCGUGGAGCACAGAGUGGUUGCAAAUGGGAAAGAGCCGAGGGUGUCUGUGGUUUGUUUCUUCAGAAGCUUGUCGUCAUCUAGGGCGUACGGACCUCUUGAGGAGUUUGUUUCAAGUGACAACCCACCGAGGUACAGGGGAACUACCAUUCGAGACUACUUUAAUUACACCUUAAACAAGGCACUUGAUAAUAUCCCUCGUUUGCAACGUCUGAAGCUUUAA